UUCAUUGGUAACGAAAAUUGAUAGAAGAAAAAAAGGAAAUUCGAUUGGAAAAUUAUAAAAAGCACGUAUAAAAAGAGUGAAAACGAAUUUUCAAAAGGAAAUAAUUAUGUGCGAAUUUAAAUAGACUUUUUGUGUGAUGUGAAAAGUCGUAAUAAGAUCAAAUAAUUCCGAAUCUCGUCGUGGUUUCUACAGUCCUGCUCGCGUUUUCUUCGUUGUCUACGUCUGCUCUGUACCAGAUAUUUUUUCGUCACUGUCGCAAAUGAAAUUUCCAUUAUUAUAUCUUGAAUACUUCGUGAUGAAAAAUUGGAACAUCACAUUAUAAACAUAAAAAUGUGUUAAGUGAAGUAAAUUUCCAAAAUGCCAUUGUUUGUAAAAUGAAAUGAAUCUGUGCAUUUAUUGUUGUUUUUGUUGCUACGGUAGCAGAUAGAAAAUGAUGCUGACAAAUUUUUGAUGAUUGUGUUGAAUUGUUUGUCCAUUUGCAUUUCAUGAUCAUAGCGAAAAAGGCGUAGAUAUCUAAAGUAGAGGUAACAGCUGCAUCCGCAGACUGCGUGUGAAGCAGUAGUACCAGAGUACGAAGGCAUUUGAAGCAGCGUUAAAAGAAGCUACGGAGGACAGAUUCACACGAAUUCAAUCGACUGAUUGCUCAAAAUGCUGAUAUAAUAUUUAGAGAAUCCUCACCGGGUGCAACUGGAUGCUUUGCCCUCAAAAGUGGGAAUAUACGCACAUAUUUACACGGAAUCAUUCAUAUGAACAGAAAGAGUUAAAAAGCGAUUAUUGUAAAACAUUACUGUGCUGUAUUUAAGGUCCCAUUAACGGUACACUUGGUUCAUGGAAACCUGAUUAUAGUCCAAUUUUUUACUCCACUUAAUUGCUGAUAAAAAUGGGUGCCACUGCUUCGACUAGCGGGUAUCCAAUGCCGGCCACAACCAGCAAUAGUGGAGGUAGUUCUGGCCUUUUGCUGCCUUCUUCAGCCUCGUUGAUAACCAGUGCUUCUGGGAGCGGCGGUGGUCCGGGUGGCAGCUCCUCAAUGAUGGGCGCGGCAGGUGCUGGUGUACCGCAUUUUCGAGAACAGCGUCGAAAGCGGGUGACUGGGUUUGCAACACUGAAACGGAAAUUCAUACGUCGACGACGUUCUUCAAAAGCCUGUGAUCAUGCGCGCGUUUUGCGCGAUUUCGUAUCCGACUGGACCCCUCUCGAAUUGGCAGCGUUAUGCGAGGAAUAUGAAGCGUUGGCCGCACUUAGAGAUCUAUCGGUGCAAGCGGAACUAGCGCGUCCACCUGCAACAACGUUUAAGCAAGAUUUAGCUGCACUAUACGAUAUGAAAACUUGCACUGACUGUGAUCUUGUGUUUCGCGGUUCUAUUUUUCCGGUGCAUCGUUCGAUACUGUCUUCCCGCUGCUCGUACUUCAGGGAUUUGCUGGCGGGUUGUCCGGGUUUCGGUGCGCGCAUUUGUCUUGAAUUGCCAACUUCGCCCAUCGAUGUUCAGAUGUUCUCAUCUUUAUUGCGUUACCUGUACACGGGCGAUCUAUGUCCACAUGACCCCUCUAUUGAUAUUAGUUUACUGCGUCAGCUGGGAGAUGACUUUGGCACGCCGAAUCCCCUCGAGCAUGAUUUGCGUUAUUUGCUCGAGACAGGCGACUAUGCCGAUGCUGCAUUGGUGUUUACAGCAGAAGGCAACGAUUAUCAUCGGCCAGAUUCGGGUAGUUCUGAGUAUGGCUUUCGACCGAAACUCGAAUUGCCUUGCCACAAAGCAAUCCUCAGUGCCCGUUCACCGUUCUUUCGGAAUCUCAUAGCACGCCGUACGCGCAACGUUGACGAGUACACCGAGCGUGCAUUGCAUGUACCAACGCGAAUCGUGCUUGAUGAGACAGUGAUACCAAAACGAUAUGCGCGGGUGCUGUUGCAUGCUAUAUACCUGGACACAGUCGAUUUGACGCUAAUACUACGCGGUGCAGGGUCGGGAAAUUCGGCGGGGUCAUUGGGUGAGGUGCAUGCGUUGACGAAUACAGGACGGGCGCGACCCACCCCUCUAGAGGAGGCUAUGGAGCUUUAUCAGAUUGGCAGGUUUCUCGAAUUGGACAUUCUAGCACAAGGCUGCGAAGAUCUGAUACUUGAGUGGCUGACGUUGGAUACACUCCCGACGGUGCUCAAGUGGGGUUCACAGCCACACGGCUCGGCUUGGGUGUAUCGGCAAGCGUGUCAGUAUCUUAGGGAAGAGUUUUCUGCUGUAAUUUCUUCACCGGUGCUACAUCAACUAGACAAAUCACAGCUGAUACAUGUGCUACAGAGUAAUUUUUUGCAAGCAUCGGAGUUGGAGGUGCUGCAGGCUGUGCUUAAAUGGGGAGAGCAAGAACUCAUACGACGUAUGGAGGAUCGUGAACCAAAUAUUUUGUCUCACACGGCUCACUCAGUUACGAGAAAAGGUGUAAAAAAGCGCGAUUUAAGUGACGUGGAGUUGCGAGAGAUUCUCUCCGAGCUGCUGCCAUUAGUUCGUAUGGACCACGUUUUACCGCCCAAUAGUGAAGUACUCGCCCAAGCUAUUCGUCGCGGCCUUGUGAGCACGCCUCCUUCCCACAUGAUCAGUGACGACCGAGAGAAUUUGCGAGUUAACGCUUGGAUACGCGGAGGAAAGAACCAAGGACUGUUUGUGCGGCCUCGCCUUUUCAUGCCGUAUUUCGAAGAAGUGAAAGUACUGCUGGAAGAUCGAAUGGCGUCAUCUCAUCACCAAGCAGAGCUGAUGCGCAUGCGGCGAUCACGUCAUUUGCCCGACAUCCCCGACACUCUGUACAUGGUAUCUCGUAUAAGCGCAGCUAUCAAACCUAGUGUACCUACAGCCGCUGCAGUAACUGGAAAAGAGAGUGUGAACAUAUUGGCAGCGGCGGCUGCUAUACCACCCCCCGAUACGCAAACGUUGGCAGCAUUGCUGAAACGCGAGCAUAAAUUGCACCAGUCACCGAUGUGUCAGCGGGCACUGCUGUUGCCACUUUCAUCGAAGCACGAAAUUGAUAGGCAGAUACGCUUGCGAGUGGUGCGCGAAUUCAAUCUGCCAGAUGCCGUGUCGGAUCUGCUUGAGACAUCAUUGCUUAGCAAUCAAAAUGCAGCAGCUGCAUCAGCUGCCGCUGGAACUGCGGUAACUGAGGAGAGUGGCAUCACGUCCACCACUCAAACCGAUCAGAAUCUCAUCGAAGACGAUGACCAAACGCCGCCACCAUCCCCCGCGGCUGCAGGCUCUGUGCCACGACUCACUACGGGUGGUAGCUUUCUUUCAACGUCUAUAGGAUCGUCGGCUGCAUCAUCUACUUGUGGCGGUGAGGGCAUACAAGCCUGUUAUAGUCGAAAUUUGACAUUUCCGCGACAACAUCCAGGUGGUUUAUUGGGAUUGGGUGGUAGCGUGGGGGGUGGCAUGCCAACAAGUGUUGGUGGCGGCGGCAGUGGUGCUCUACAAGCGAAUUAUGCCCGCCUUUCAGCCUCGGUACAUCAUCGCAGCGAUUUACCAGCAUUGAUCACUGAAGGCGAUUACCGCUUUCCGCGUGGCAGCGCGCUGGGCAUUGACCUCGGUGCUGAGGGCGGUGGCGUUGCGGUAGGAUGUGCCGAAGGCGGCAACGGCGGCCAUUUGUCGGACAUGAUGCCCGAUGUGGCAAUGGCAACGGCAUCAUUAGGCCAGCUGCAUUUAGCAAACAACGCCAAUAACGGUAACAGUGGUGAUAUACAUGAAAGUCUGCAGCUUGAUUUGGGUGAUGGUCCGAGUCACAUAAUGGGAGGCGGCGCACCCAGCGCUGCUGGACCAAUGGGAUUGCGCGCUUUGCAGCACCAAAUGCCACCCAGCAAUUAUCACCACUUCAUGCAGCGUUCAAACUCACCAUUUGACAUAUUGCGUCAAGGUCAACAUUCGCCAGCACCACAUCCACCACCUGGGACCUACAAUUCCGGGCCGCCCAGAUUCUUAUAGAGUUUGCGAGUGGCCCCCGAUCAGGGCCUUUAUUUUAGCAUGCCUUUUUGAGGAAUAAAUAAUGCAAAUUAAACCAAAAUUACGUUGCUGGCACGAAGCCAAGCAGACACCCAGGCCAAACCCCAGCUAAAAUGUAUAUGGGGAUGGGGCAUAUUUGUUAUUGCACUCAAAAUUCAAAUAAAAGCUAAAAUAAGGGGCACCAUAAAAAAAAUUAAUGGCAAGCAAAAGUUUAAACGAAACACUCGCACAUAAAAUAAUAAAUUAAGUUAAUUUUUAGCUUAAGACGCAAGCGGCAGAAGGUGGAAGCAAGCAGCGGUAAGAUGCUUUAUAACCUUCUAUUGUAAACUAAUGUAAUGUAAUGCGGAUUUAUAAAAGAGUUCAGUGAAAAUAACAACCAAACGAAAAUAUAUAAUUGCAGAAGCAACUAAUUGAAAAAAAGCAAAAAAAAAAAAAUCAAAUAAUUUGUGAACAUAUGUAUAUAGUUAUAAAUAUUAUCUACCCUUGCGUAUAUACACACAUAAAUUAUUUAGUUAUAUAUUAUUGAUUACAAUAACGUACAUAUGUGCAUAUGGAUAUACACAUGAAAACCGUUAGAUACAAAUAUUUUCAGCUUUUGAGAAAAACAUUUCAAACGUUUUAAAAUUAUUCGAAAAUAUUAUGGGAUGAAAAAUGUACACUCAAACGCAGUAGAAACCCAAUAGAUUGAAACAAAUUUAAGAUACAUUACGUUAAUUUUUCUACCAAAACCUAAAGCUGACUAGAAAAAAGAAUCCAUAAAAUAUGUGGAACUAAAUUUUAUUCACACAUCUUCCACUGAGGUUAAUCUGCAUUGAUUCUAGCUUUUUGUAUGAUCUCUCAAUCAAUAUCAACUCAUAACUUCAUUAAAUCGAAACCCUUUUUUCAUUUCAAUCACUCAUCUCGAUUUCGAAUAAUUUAUCGAAUAUACAUACAUACAUAUAUUUAUAUAGUUCAUGUGCGGCUAACAUUCCAAUUGUCUGCUUACAGUGGUUGACAUAUUAUCAAUGCUGUAUUCAUAAAGUGCAUGUCAGAUAGUUUGUUCGUGUUAAUUAAUUCGUGUUAAAUAAAUAUAAAAACAAAAUACUCAGCUAAAACUACCGCAUAACGAACUACGAGCAGAACGCGCUGGGGUCCGACUACCCCUAUUGUAAAAAUAUGCCUUACAACGUUAAGUAAUUCUGUUUAUGAACCUGUUUGCCAGAUAAACUAGUUGUGCUUCGCCAUUAACAGUUAUACACUUCGGAGCGGAAAACUUUGCUUGAGUUUUGAGGUUUAAUUUAGCAAAAAUACGAUUAGGAAGUUAGCUUCUAUCAAAAAACAAAAAAGAAAAAAAAAAUAUUUUCUAAAUUCUAAAAAGGUUGUGUAAUGUUUAAUAUUAUUUACUUAAGUUUUUUUUGUUUUGUUCAAGCAAAGGCGCUGUUGUUGUAGCAGCAUAAACAUUUCCCAUAUUUACAUACGGUCCUUGGGGGGAUAUAAAUCCGGAUCGUUUCGUUAACGCAGAACCGACUGUCGUGGAAACGCAAGCAAAGGCGCUCGUCACAUUCGCUUAGAACGCAUUUCGUUACAUUUUUUUCCCAUCUCAUACUCUCAUACGUACCCAUACUUGCGCAAUGCAUGACAUUUAAGAGCUCAUUUUCUUUAUCUGUUUAAAGUAAUGCACUCGCUUUAUAUAAAGGGUGAUUUUUUAAGAGCUAUAGGAAAGUUUUUCAAAAAAACACGUAAAAUUCAGAAAAUUUCAUGAAAUUUUUUUUAAAUCGAUAGUACAGUCCAUAUAAUUUAAUGUUUGAAGAUUAUUUCAUGCAAAUGUUGACCGCGACUGCGCUUCAAAUGGUCCAUCCGAUUAGUCCAAUUUUGGCAUACUCUUUCCAAUGUCUCGGGCGGUAUCUCACAUAUAAAUGCUUUAAUGUUGUCUUCCAAUGCGUUAAUUGAAGCAGGCUUGUCUGAAUAGACAUGAGCUUUAACAUAGCUCCACAAAAAAUAAUCUAAAGCCGUUAUAUCGCACGAUCUGGAUGGCCAAUUGACAGGUCCCGAACGUGAAAUAAAAUGUUCACCAAACUCGCCUCUCAACAAGUCCAUUGUUACGCGUGCUGUUUGGCAUGUGGCACCGCCUUGCUGAAACCACAUGUCAUGCAAGUCAAGCUCUUGCAUUUUGGGCAAAAAAAAGUUGGAUAUCAUUUCACGGUAGCGCUCACCAUUCACAGUUACGUUACGAUUCGCAGCAUCUUUGAAGAAGUAGGGUCCAAUGAUACCUCCAGCCCAUAAACCGCACCAAACUGUGACCUUUUCUGGAUACAUUGUUAGCUCUGGCAAUUCUUCUGGUUGAUAUUCACUUCAAAAUCGAUAAUUCUGCUUAUUUACGUACCCAUUGAUCCAAAAAUGAGCUUCAUCGCUGAACAAAAUUUUUCGAUAAAAAAGUGGAUCUUCGGCGAACUUUCCAUGAGCCCAUUCACCAAAAGUUCUGCGUUGCGGUAGGUCGUUCGGCUUCAAUUCUUGCACCAGCUGUAGUUUGAAAGGCUUCACACCUAAAUUCUUUCGCAAACUUUUCCACGUUGUUGAGCAACAGAGGCCCAAUUGCUGCGAACGGGGACGAAUCGAUAAUUGAUGGUCAUCAUUAACACUGGCCGAUACAGCUGCGAUAUUUUCUUCAGUUCGCACUCUACGUAAGCGUGUUGGUGGUUUGAUGUCCAAUAAUGUAAAUUUGGUUCUAAAUUUAGUCACAAUAGCUCGAAUAGCCGCUUCAGUGACCAUAAAAUGGAAGAAGCGCGCGAUAAACUUUCUUAACAGAACACGCAUUUUUAUAAUAAAAUUCAAUAAUUUGCAAGCGUUGUUCGUUUGUAAGACAGUUCAUGGCUAAAUUAUAGACCAAACUGAAGAUGUUUGACAGUGAAACAAAACACGAAACGUGCGUCAGCUGUUUAAACCAACUGUUUAAAAAGAUAAUAGCUAAAAAAUCACCCGUUAUACAUAUAUAUAUUUUCAAUUUUAAAAAGCAUUUUUGAUUCAUCAAUUCAUCACUUCAUUUCACGUGUAACUUUCAAUAGACCAUAAAUGGGUAUGGAAAAGAUUGCCGCAAUGUUUUAGUAUGAAAACUUUAUAAAUGGAAAAUAAGUGUUAAAUGCUUAUCAGAAAUAUUUAGAUAAAGAAUAUUUUAUUAUCAGAAUAUUUUCAAUUUCGUUGCAACAUAGUUUUUUUUUUUUGUUUAUAUGUUUCACUUAAGAAAACUAACAAUUUUUUCCUACGAUAGUUGCUUCUAUGUAACCGGAACGACCCAGAUUUAUAUUCGCCCAAGUACUGUCACUUCAGCAGCA